AUGGCGGUGUGGGGCGGGAGGGGAUGGAGAGAUCACAAGAAAGCCAUUGCCAUAGGGUUCUCAAUUGGAGGAGGUCUCAUAUUGGUGCUCCUGUUGUGGUCCAUUCUCUCAUGGUGGAAGUGGAGAAAAACAAACCGUGAAUUUGACAAGGGAACUCGUGGGGCUUGUCGGUUCAACUACCACCACUUGGCUGCUGCAACAAACCAUUUUUCAAUGGAUAAUAAGAUUGGAGCAGGUGCGUUCGGUGAAGUCCACAAAGGUUUCUUGACACAAUUGGGCCGUGAAGUGGCUGUUAAGAAGAUCUUGAGGGAAUCCAGAGCAGGAAACAAGGACUUUUUUGACGAAGUCCAGACCAUCAGUAGAGCAAAGCAGAAGAAUCUUGUUGAACUUCUUGGUUGGGGAAUGAAGGACAGCUCGAACAUUAUUGAUUUCAUGUGCUGGCGUAGGCAGAAGAACACCGACCUUUUCCUGGUAUAUGAAUUUGUGGAUAAUGGCAACCUACAUAUGCACCUGUAUGAGAAGGAGGCCCUGCUGCCAUGGAGAAUAAGGUAUAAAAUAGUAAAGGGCAUUAUCAGCGCUCUUGUUUACCUUCACCAUGAUAGUGAUCCAUACAUCCUUCACAGGGAUAUCAAACCGAGCAACAUACUCCUGGACAAUAAUUUCAAUGCUAGAUUAGCAGAUUUCGGGCUGUCCAGAACUGCUGACAAUGGAACAAUACAAUCGUCCAUGGUUGUAGGAAUAGAAAAUUACUUGGAUCCAGAGUGCAGGAAGACGGGAAAGUUCAACUGUAGCUCGGAUGUCUACAGCUUCGGGCUCGUUCUGCUAGAGAUUGCUUGCAAGAAAGAUAAAAAUAGCUAUGCACAAGUCUGGGAAAGGUACAUCGACAGAACUCUGAUGCAGGCUGCUGACGAUAGGUUACAGGGUGCGUUCGACGAGACGCAGAUGGAGCGUGUGAUCAUCUUGGGGCUGUGGUGUUGUCAGCCCAAUAUUGAGAUGCGACCUAUGAUGGAGCAAGCAAUGGAUUUCCUGGAGAGUGAUGGGCCGUUGCCUAAACUGGCCAAACCUGAAACCUCUUCAAAGGACCUCCGAUUCGAGGGCACUGCCGCCGUGCACGGCGCUACCGUCGACCUCACCUGCAACGUCGCCCAGUGCACGACGGGGCGCAUGUCCUACGGCCGCGCCGUGCCACUGUGGGACAGAGCCACCAACGAGGUGGCCAGCUUCGCCACCGACUUCGUCUUCAAGAUCGUCACACCGGACAACGUCGCCAGGGGAGACGGCAUGGCCUUCUUCCUCUCCAGCUACCCCUCACGCGUUCCCCCCAAACCCAGCGGCCAGAGCUUCGGCCUCAUCGCCGGCGACGCCAACGAUGCCGGCGACGGCCCGGACCGGUUCGUCGCCGUCGAGUUCGACACAUACGAUGACACCUUCGAACGGCCGAGGCCGGCCGGCGACCACAUCGGCAUCGAUGAACGGGGCCAUGAGGGCGUCCAUCACCUUCGACAUGUCACCAGGAUGCUGGUCGCCACCGUGCAGUUUACUGAUCAGACUACUGCUUCGCGUGCUGCCCCUGUUCAGGUGAGUGCGAAACUUGGAGAUCCCAGGGCGUUGCUGCCAUCGGAGGUGGCCGUGGGAUUUUCUACGGCGAACGGCGCAACAUUCCAGCUCGAUCAGAUACUGUCAUGGUCGUUCAACUCCACUCUUGCGUCUCCACAUCCCGUAACCAAAGGUCAUCACAAAAAGAAAGGGGCAGCAGGAAAGUUUGCGAUUGUUGGAGCUCCCAUAUUUUUGCUUCUGGUGCAGUUCAAGUACAACGAGUUGGCUGCUGCAACGAAUCAGUUCUCCUCGGAGAAUAGGCUAAUUGGAGCUGGUCCGUUCGGAGAAGGCUACAAGGGUUUCUUCAAGGAAAUGGGCCGUCAUGUUGCGAUUAAGAAGAUUUCGAAGGAGAGCAGAUCAGAAGGAAGGAAUAAGGACUUCUAUGACGAAGUGAAAACCAUCAGCAGUGCAAAGCACAAGAAUCUCGUCGAACUUGUGGGUUGGUGCAUGAAGCGUAGAUGGAACAUGUUUGAUUUCAUGUGCUGGUGUAGGGAGAAGGCCUAUACCAUUUUCUUGGUGUAUGAAUUUGUGGAUAACAGUAACCUGCGUGUUCACCUGCACGAGAAGGAGGCCGUGCUUCCAUGGACAACGAGGUACCUCUACAUCUACUUGAUGAGCGAUCCUGUUUAA